UACGGGGCUUGGAUCGUCGAAUAUCAUUCACGCUACUCAUUACCAUGGAUGAAGAUAAGGAGGCCCAUACAGAUUUGGAUCCCGUGAAGUGUCCAUUUGCGUCUCCAGGAGUGGGGGCCCAGGUAAAUGACUGCAAUGGACGUCCGGGACUCUAUAUAUAUUUAGUGAACCGUUGAGAUAGGUCCGGACGCCGAAAACGCUUUGAAAAAUGACACACAUCGCCAUUGAAGGCUAGUUCGGAGUCCGGAGGCUUCACUCCCUCCUCUCUCCAUCUCACCGAUCAGGACGUCUUUCCGUUGCUUUUCAUAUCUUUACUGAAUUUUACUUCUCUCUCACUCCCUCUCUCUCUCUCUCUAUGUGGCUACUUCUCCACCCGUCUCCUUGUCAUUCUCAUUCUUCCCAACUCUUGCAGGACAUGGUUAAUCAUCACGUGGAGAUUAGUGCAUUGUCUAUGGUGAAUGACAUCAACGACCAUGUUAAACGAAGUUGCCCUAUGGAAGAUAUUACUUUGGAUGGUUACGUGCCAAAAGUUGGUAUGGAAUUUGAUGAUGAAGAAACUGCCUUCCAGUUUUAUAAUCUGUAUGCUCGUAAUCUAGGAUUUAGUGUUCGAAUACAUAACUGGAGAAAGAAUAGCAAAGGUUUGCUGGUGCGGAAGGAGCUUGUGUGUUACAAGGAAGGCUACCCUAGGACACAAAAGAAACAUGGAAUAGUACAGAUGAAGCCAAAUGCAAGAUGUGGUUGCCCAGCAAAGUUACAUUUGAAGAGAGGGUUGAGCGGUAAAUUAUGUGUGGUAGAGUUUGAGCCUAUUCACAACCACCCACUUGCUAGUCAAAACAAAGUUCACAUGCUAAGGUCACACAGAAAUGCACCAAAUGCAGGUGUGGCAGACAGAUCAGGUUCAACACCAAAAAAACAAGCUGGUGAACGGAAAAACUUAGCAUUUUUAUCAAUGGAUUUCAAGAACUACUUAAGAACAAAAGGCGUAUGCUUACCUGCACGUGGAGAUAUGGGGUCUCUCAUGCAAUAUCUAGCAACUAAAUCAGCAAAUGAUCCUUCUUUUUUUAGUUCUGUGCAGCUAGAUUCAGAUGACCUUAUAACAAUUUUUUUUUGGGCAGAUGGGAGGUCGAGGGUUGACUAUGAUUGUUUUGGAGAUGUUUUUGUUUUGACACUACGAUCACUUUAGACACUCCUACACGGCCAUUCACAGUAUUUAUUGGUGUCAAUCAUCACAGGCAAGUGUUUUUGGUGCAGCACUUAUAUACAAUCAGACAGUUGAGUCUUUUGAAUGGUUGUUUCAAACCUUUGAGAAGGCUAUGAAAGGCAAACAGCCAAGGGUGAUUUUAACAGAUCAGGUUUCACCCAUGGCAAGUGCACUAGCGAAUGUGUGGCCUGAAACAUAUCAUAGGCUAUGUGUGGCAUAUAUAUCAAAAUGCAUCCAAGCAGUUGAGCCAUAUAUACAACAAAAAUGAUUUCAAGAGUGACUUUGGCGCGUGCUUGAUUAUGAAGAUGAAGGAAGUUUUCUAUCAGCAUGGAAAGAUAUGUUGAAUAAGCAUGAUCUUGUGGGCAAUGAGUGGUUGCAAAAAUUGUUUGAUGUUAAAGAGAAAUGGUCCUUGGCUUAUGAACGAGGCAGAUUUUGUGCUGACACAGAGACUACACUGAGGAGUGAAAAUAUGACCAACAUUUUGAAAAAGUAUUUGAACUCGGAGACAAAUUUUUCUUGUUAUUUUGAACAUUAUGAUAGAAUUGUGAAAGACCGAAGACAUGCUGAGCUUCAACAAGAUAUUAAGACAAAUCAAACAACUCCAGCCAUGUUAUUUUCAUUUUUGUUAAGAGAAGCUGCAAGAGUAUAUAUAUACUCCAAGCAUCCUUGAAAAAUUCAGAGAAGAGGUAUUGAUGAUAUCUGAUUGUGAUGUCGAUCAUUUGGGUGAGGAAGGAACCCUUUCGAGGUAUAAGGUUAACAUGGUAGACGAUGUCAAAGAUUACAUUGUUAAUUAUGACACUUAAAAUAAAGCAGUUUUCUGUAGCUGCAAAAAGUUUGAGUUUAUGGGCCUCCUUUGUUGCCACGCUCUGAAAAUAGUCGAUCGAUUGAAAAUCAAAGGCAUUCCUGAGAAGUACAUCUUGAAAAGGUGGUCAAAGGAAGCUAAAAAUGGGAUGGUGCAACCAUUUUCAUAUGGAGUUGAUUUCAGUUGCAGCGAUAAAUCCAUUGUACCAUUGCGUUAUGGCCUCGUAAAUGAUGCAUUGGUGAAAAUUGCUGCAAGAGCCUCAGAAAGUGAGGAGACUUACAAGUACCUUGAAAGUCAGUCCAUUGUCAUGAUGGAAGUUGUGGAGAACAUGUUGGAAGGUGGUACCAGUUCUCUCCAUCCAAAUGCCCACGGCUUGCGACCGUAGAACUUGUAGUAUUUGUUGGCACAUGUGACGUUGUAAAAGUUGUGGCAGUUGGUGAAAAUGAUAUGACAAAGCUUAGAUCUCAUUUUACUUCCUAAUCAAAUGUAGUCUGACAUCGAAAUCCUUGUAAAGUGAUACAGUUUCUUUAAAAUGUACUGUAUUGUUCCUUAUAAUGCA